CGCCUCAGGUCACUGAGAAGUUCAAGGACCGCCUGGUGGACGAGGGCUUCAACCCCCACUUACGGCGCCCGCCCGUUGCGCCGCGCCAUCAUGCGCCUGAUCGAGGACUGCCUGGCGGAGCGCAUCCUGGUGGGCGACAUCAAGGAGGGCGACGUGGUGAUCAUGGACGUGGACCCCGACGGCUCCAUCGCGGUGCUGGCCGGCGACAAGAAGAUGCGCGCCGAGAUCGACGCCGUGCCCGCGGGCAUCGCCUAAAUGACACACGCGUGCUGGCGUGGCGUGGCGUGGCGUGUGGGGGAGGCGAGGGGAAGGGUAGAGGAGGAGGAGGGGAGGGGAGGCAGGUGGCGUGGGCGGGGCUGCGCUUGCAGCGCAGCCACGUCAGGAUGGUGGAGAGGUGGAGGUGGAGGCGAGGGGCAGGUGGCGUGGGGCCGAGGUGGUGGAGGCUAGGUGGUGGAGGCUAGGUGGAGGGAUGGCAAGGUGAUGAUGUGUGGAGGCGGGGCAUGGGUGGAAGGGCCGGGGGGGGGGGGCGCCGCCCGGUGUGUCGGGUUGGAGGGGUGGCGCGGCCGCGCGCGCGUGACGCGCCGGGAGGCGUGUGUGCGUGUGUGAGUGGUUGCCCGCCCCUGCAUGCGGCCGCCCCGGCUCCCGUGUUUGUUGUGUACUUACCACCUGUAUGAGUGAGUUCGUACGUACGCGGGUGUGUGUGCCUCUGUAUGUGUAUGUGUUGCCUGCGGCAUGUGGGGGUGUAGGGCUCCGCAUUUGCGUGUGGCAUCACAGAACAGGGUGUGUGCUUGGAUAAUUAAAAGAGUUUGGACAUAUUUGUCGUAUAAUGGGUUUUCUGCAAGAGUGAGGCGACAGGCACAUGCAAAGCGGCCGGGCGAGCGGUGCAGGAGGGUUGGCUGCAGUUUGCAACUGACAGGCAGCGUGUUGUGUGUUGUGUGUGUGUUUUACCCCAGACAGACAGACAGACAGACAGGCUGAUAUGUCCCGACUGACGCAACCAAAGGGAGGCACAUGCACGCAUUGAACACACAUUCCCUAUCUAUCUGGAGGGCUGGUGAGUCGGCUGCGGCCGUGCUGACGCCGUUGUUGUAAAAGCCAAAAAAU